UCCUUCCCGGUGCUUCCCGGGUUUGUUUUUUUUGUCCUUCCCGGAUAUUGCCGGUCCUUCCUGGUCCUUCCCGGUUCUUUCCCGCUCCCUUCCCGGUCCUUCUUGGCUCCUUCCCGUUCCUUCCCCGUUCUUCCCGGCCCUUCCCGGUCGUUCCCAGUCCCAGCCCGGUUCUUCCCGGUCCUUCUUGGCCCUAUCCCGGUCCUUCCUGCAGGUUCGGAUCCCGCUCCGGCGGCGCUGCGGUGACACCGGAGGGCACUCGGGCCCCCGCAGCGCCGGCCAUGGACGAGCGGAGGAAGAAGCGGAGCCCCAAAACCUGCCUGGCUCAGCCCGCGCCCCCCGGAGCCCCGCGGCCGCUGCCCCCGAGCAAAAGCGCGUCCUUCGCGCUGCCGCUGCCCACGCUGCCCUCGCCCCGCCAGCGGCCGCGGCCCCGCCGGUCAGUGCGGCCGGGGGACACCCGGGGGACCCCGCUCGGAGCCCCCCGGGCGAUGCCAACGCCGCGUUCCCCGCGCAGGACGAGCAAGGAGCGGCUGCGGGCGGCUCCGGGGGGCUCCCGGGGGGCUCCGCUGCAGCACAGCUUCCUCACCGAUGUGUCGGACGUGUGCGAGAUGGAGGGGGGGCUGCUCAGCCUCCUCAGCGAUUUCCACUCGGGGAAGCUGCAGGCGUUCGGGAAGGAGUGCUCGUUCGAGCAGCUGGAGCACGUGCGGGAGAUGCAGGAGAAGCUGGCGCGGCUGCACUUCGGGCUGGACGGGUGCGUGGAGGAGCUCCCCGAGGAGCAGAAAAAGGCAGCGGCCGACAGGAACCUGGACCAGCUGCUGGCACACCUCGAAGAGCUCAGCAGCUCCAUACAGAAGCUGCACCUGGCCGAGAGCUCGGACCCCGAGGACGCGGCGGCCUGACCCCGGCCCUGUCCCUGUCCCUGUCCCAUCCCUGUCCCCUCUGUCCCUGUCCCCGCCAUGGCGGCCCCGGUCGCGGCCCGAUGACGUCAUCAGGCGGUGCCGGUGCGGGUGUCAUGGCGGCCGCGCUGGUGCCGCGGAACGGGGCCGAGGCCGAGGGAUGGCGGCGGCUCCUCCGCGCCGUGACCCGGCUGCAGGUGCGGAACGGG